AUGCGGUUUUCAUCCUCCUUCUUUGUCGGCUUCUUCACGGCCCUGAUACUCGGCUUCCUCUUCUUGCUGACCUACGACCCCGCCGCUAUCGAACAUCUCUUGCGGCGCACGGCGGCAAACAUGGCUUGGGUAAACGGCAGGGCUCUCUGGGGCCUGAUCUACCUGGACGAGCAGGAAAAACUGACGGGCCCUCUCACCUUCUCGGAACACAUCCACCAAUGCUUCCUCAGCUAUACCGCCCGCAUCACCAUGUUCCUCAUGAAGCACUGCUCCUCCUUCCACACCGAAAUCUGCCAGAACAUGCGCGGGAACCCCCAGUCACAUUGCGAUAGCCUGUUCACCCUGGCCACGGGCACCGAGUUGGCGCUGGGUUUGCUAGGCCUCUGA